AUGGAAAACUUCAUCACAGGUUAUCCUGGCCAUGAGUCCAGUAUCCGUGCCGCCAUGCUUGAAGUCAUGGGUCGGAAAAAGUAUGACUUUUUCUUCGACCGAUGGCUAUACUACUUCUUCACAGAAUUGGACGCAAAGUUCUUCAAAUCUCUGGGGUUAAAUUGUAUUCGAAUUCCAUUCAACUACCGGCACUUCGAGGAUGAUAUGAAUCCACGAGUGUUAAAAGAAGAUGGCUUCAAGCACUUAGAUCGCGUGAUCGAUCUCUGCGCCAAAGAAGGGAUUUAUACCAUUCUCGACAUGCACACUGUUCCAGGUGGUCAAAGUCCUGGCUGGCAUGCUGAUAACACUACGAGUCAUGCCGCAUUCUGGGACUACAAAGACCAUCAAGAUCGGACCAUUUGGCUCUGGGAACAAUUCGCACGACGAUAUAAAAAUAACCCUUGGAUAGCUGGAUAUAACCCUAUCAACGAGCCUUGUGACCCUAAGCAUGUUCGCCUCCCGGCCUACUAUGCACGACUAGAACAAGCCAUCAGAGCCAUUGAUCCAGAGCACAUCCUGUGGCUUGAUGGAAAUACUUUUGCCGCAGAGUGGAAAGGAUUUGACACCGUUCUUCCCAAUUGUGUGUAUUCUCUGCAUGAUUACAGCAUGAUGGGAUUUCCAACCGGCAGGCCUUACAAAGGAACUGCUGAACAAAAAGAAAGGCUAGAAGCACAAUUCCUUCGGAAAUCGGAAUUCCAGAGAACCCAUAAGACGGCGAUCUGGAAUGGCGAAUUCGGCCCCGUGUAUGCAAACCCGAGAUGGGACGAAAAUGCGGAUGAAAUCAACCAGGAUCGUUAUAAUAUGCUGGGAGAACAGUUGCGAAUAUAUGACCGGUUCCAAAUUCCUUGGUCAAUUUGGCUAUUCAAAGACGUUGGCCUUCAAGGGAUGGUAUACACCUCAGCAGACUCGGCCUGGUACAGACUCAUUGAGCCUAUCCUGGAGAAGAAAAAACGAUUGCAACUGGAUGCUUGGGGAAAGUAUCCCUCCAAAGAGGUCGAAGACCUCAUUCAGCCCCUGGUUAGCUGGAUAGACUCGGUCUCACCGACAGCCAAAAACGUCUAUCCCUCCACGUGGAGCACGGCGAGGCACAUUGAGCGUGCCGUUCUGCAGACUUUUCUGGCCGAGACCUUCUGUCAAGAAUUUGCCGAGUUGUUUCGCGAUAAGGAUGAAGCUGCAUUGGAAGAGCUUGCGAAAAGCUUCAGCUUCGAGAAUUGCGUCCAACGAGAGGGGCUUAACAAGAUCAUGUCAAAUUAUGCGGCAGUGGCCUCCCAGCCUAUGGGAAACUAG